AUGAUGACUCAGCACCCGUGUCGAUGCCUAAGGCAUCAACACCACACCACCCGCAAAAUCCUAGAGGCACUUCUCACCUCCCCUUCCCGUCUCCAUCCACACCUCUCCCCUCACCAUUGUUACUGUCCGGUCCACCGUGGUCAACUUCUGAAAAUGUCGUCCCUAUCCAUCUUCCGCGUGGCGACCCGCGCCGUUCGCCCUACCGGCUUCUUUAGAGCUCCCCAAUUGGCCCGGUCCCGGAUGCAGUCCCCGGUCACUCUGGCCGCCGCCCGCGCCAGCAACUUCGGUACCACCUCUAUCCGCCGCUCCGGCCACGAGGAUGAGACAUACGAGGAGUUCUCUGCCAGAUUCGAGAAGGAAUUUGAUGGUGUGCAGGACGUUUUCGAGCUCCAGCGCAACCUGAACAACUGCUUCGCUUACGAUCUCGUUCCCUCCGUUGAGGUCCUCACUGCCGCCCUCAAGGCCGCCCGCCGUGUUAACGACUUCCCCACCGCUGUUCGCGUUUUCGAGGGCGUCAAGGCCAAGGUCGAGAACCCCGACCAGUACAAGCAAUACCUCGAGUCCCUCGAGAGCCUGCGUGUCGAGCUUGGUGUCGCUCUCCGGGAGGAGCUCUACCCCCAGGAGGCGUAA